AUGUUUUCAACUUCUGAAUCCCGUUCAUCUUCUUCUUCAGCAAGAGGGAGCAACACUCGGGGCAGAGGAGGACCACACCGCGGAAGAGGCUCAAGAGGAAGCCGAACCACAACAUACACUCCAAGAGACUCACCAUCAACUGUACCCUCUUCUUCCAGCCGAGGAAAAGCAUCAUCACGGCCCACAACUUCAACAACAACCACAGCCGCCACUUCAUCAUCCAACCCAUCACGAGCACGAGGAAGAGGACGAGGCAGGGGAGUAUAUCGUCCAGGUGGAUUUCGAGGAGAAACCACAGAACCUUCUGCCGAAUCAGCAUCAUCAAACCGAGGAGGUACUACACGAGGACGAGGAAGAGGAGGUUAUCAAGAGUCAAGACAAACACAAGAUAUUACUACAUCAACCAAUCGAGGAAAAAGAGGUGGCUUUAAGCAGUCCAGACAAACUCAAGAGCCAGCUGUUGAAAGAAAUGUACCUCCAAAAACGAGAGGCACCAAACCUUACCGAGGUAAACCAACGGCUAAGCCUGCAAGUAGCUCUUCUUAUUCGCAGUUUGAUCAGCAGCCACAAUACUCACAACAUGCAAAACCUCGUGGCACUGGAAAGUUUACAUCACACAAAAUUCCACCACCUCAAUCUGAAUAUGAACCUUCUGCAUUUUCAUCUUUCGUUCAAUCGACACCGUACGAGCUCAAUGAAGAAAAUUUAUUUAAUUUACCUGCUGGAUUUUCUGGAUUUGGUUCAUACUUUUCUGAACCAUCGCCGAAAAUUGCUGAAUCCCCAAAGGAGAAAUUACAAAAAGAAGUAAGAACUUCUACGUACGAAAAAGAAGAAGAAGAAUAUUUUGACGAGCAGGAACAAGAAGAAGGUGAAUAUGAAGAAGGUGAAUUUGAAGAAAAUGAGGAAGAGGAUGAAGAAGAGGCUGAAGAAGAGGGAGAAUUCGAAAAUUUCAAUAUCAUUGUGGAUGAUAAAGGAGAUAAGUCUCUGGUAACUUCUCCAGUCUCUGUUAACAAGCAAAUAGUGGAGAACAUUUACAAAAAAUCUCCAGAAAAACAAAUUGUUGAAAAACAGAAAGAACAACCUACUCAAAGAUCCAAAGAGGUGGAGGUGGCAUACAAAAAGUUAAAAGCAAGUUUCUUACAACGCCAACCUAAUUUAGAGCAAGAAAGCCUCAAUCAGUUAGAUUAUUCUGAAAAGAUACGAGAAAAGAUAUGGUCCAGAAAGUAUCCUGUAGAUACCAAACAUUUGGUAGGAACAUGUUACAAAAUGUGCUCCGAUGAAGAGGUCAACAACAGAGAAAAAGAAAGACGAUUAAGCGUAUUUGAAACUGCUUCAAGAAGGCUAGUAGACGAACGAGGACAUGAAUAUGCAAAAGCUGAACCCAGUCUUUGCGUGAAAGCGUAUCAAAGAGCUGCUGCAGGUACCGUACCUGUUGCCUCUCAAGUACGACCACCUCAUAUUUUACGUAAAUCAUUGGAUUAUCUCAUUAAUGAAAUAUUGGACAGAGAUGAUGCCAGUUAUCACGAAGUUUUUCUAUUCAUAAGAGAUCGAGCAAGAGCUGUUGCUCAAGAUUUGACUGUUCAGCAUAUUAGGGAUGAAAGAAGUGUGGAUUUACAUGAAAUAAUUGCUAGAUUUCAUAUUAUGAGCCACCAUUUAUUGGCAGAAGAAGAAGAUUUUGAUGCUCAUCAAAACUUAAAGCUCUUAAACAACUAUUUAAAGAGCUUACAGGAGUUUUACUCGGAACUCAGAAUGAGUGGAAUUUCAUGUCCCAACGAGAGUGAAUUUACAUGCUAUUUUAUAUUGAACAGACUUUCUUCAGAUCAAGAGGUUAUGAGAUGUCUAAAGAGUCUUCCUAAUGACAUUUUAAACUCACCUGAAGUUAAUUUUGCGAUCAAAGUGUUCGAUGCUUUCUCGACUAAUAAUUAUAGCAGAUUUUUUAAACUUGUUGAUGAGGCUACAUACUUGAAUGCAUGUAUCAUGCAUAUUUAUUUUCCAACUGUGAGAAAGAGUGCGUUACAGACAAUGAAUAGAACAUUGAAUGCAAAAACCAAGAACAGCUUCGAGGGAGCCAUUGAUGAUUUUCCAAAAUAUCCAAUUUCAAAAUUGGAGCACAUAUUGCUCUUUGAUAGUUUUGAUGAAUGUAUUCACUACUGUAACUGUUUUGGAAUUACAACACUUGAUGACUCUGUAUUGUUCAAAUAUACCACAUUCACCGAGCCAUCUAAAAUUGCAAAGACAAAAUCUUUAUUUAUUGAAAAGAAAGUUUAUAGAAUCAAACGAUCGACAUUGGCUCUGGUAAAUUUUCGCAAGCCUCCAAAGCCCCAUGAGACACCUCCUGUACCAAUUCCUCCUGAACAGCAAGUACAACCAAUUCCGUCAUCACCACUACGACCCAUACAACCCAUACCUCCUUCUGUAACAAUUCCUCCCCAGCCUUCUGUAAUUACUCCUCCUGCAAUUACUCCUCAUGACAACAAGAUUACAACUCCUCCCAUUUCCUCUCAUCUCAUUCCCACUCCGCCAGAGAAAACCCUAAAUAUUGUUAUCCCUCCAGCAGAACCUCAACCACCAAAGCAGGUAACUCCUUCUUUCCCAAAAUCUCCCAAAGCUCAUAAGUUUCCAUCUCAUCCAAAAACACCAACAAUAAUACCCCCUCCCAUUGUACAACCUCCAAUCGCUGUACAACUACCUGAAGAGGUGGUCAAGCCAAGAGAACAACCAUCAAUAUUGUUUACUCCACCACCUCCAGCAGAACCUCAACCACCAAUAGUAACACCACCAAUUGUUAUACCUCCUCAAAAAACUGAAGAAGAGAUCAAUAGAGAAAAAUUGAGAAAGUAUUUUGACGCAUGGAAACAAUAUACUGAGCAAAAGAAGCUAUUGCGGCAAAAAAGACAGAUUCAUAUCGAGAAAUCUCAUCGAUACGUGAAAAAUAAUUUUGAUGCUAUGGUACUAGACAAUGUUGCCAUGUUAGAUUCUCAUGCAGAAGAAAUAAGAUCCCAUCUAAUCGAUCAACUAUACAAGAGAGUUGAUUUAGGAUUUAUUGUUUUUAAUUCUAACGUUACAAACCAGUACAAAAUAUUUUCUGACUUCUUUUGGAAGUUGGUACUCAUCGUAGAUGAUAUCAAUGAUCCACUGCAAGCUUGGACUGUCCAAAAACUCUUGAGUGACAGUUCAAAAAUACAUGACCCUUAUGAACCAAUCAUUACAUUAUCUAAAUUCAAAGUCGAAGGAAAUGACAUUCUAUCAGACGAAUUGACAGAGUUGGAUCCAAAAAAGAAACGAUCAUCUCUUCAUAUUUGCGUGAAACAAUUUAAUACCUCAGUUUCAUUUGAAAAGAGUACCUUUCCCUUCAAAGGUACUUCAUCAAUCAUUUACGCUUUACAUACUGUGACUGAAAAUAUAAAUAUUGAUAAGUAUUGGGCAAUAGAAGAAAGCAGAAUGAACAAACAUAUUGUUUCCUUUUUUUCAAAGAUGGAAAGCCCAAGAAUACCCAUACUUGUACUGUUUGAGAAAGAAAACUUUUUACAGCAUGGAGUAUCCGAAGAUCAGGUACAAAUACGAGUACAUCAAAUCCUAAAUAAGCACUCUAGCUCAGUUUUCAGCCACAUCAUGUGUCAGUCAAUGGAUAUAUCAAACAUCUCUAACAACAUAUCAGAAGAUAAUGUUAGAAAACUGAACCGCACUUUUGUGGACAUGCUUAGUAAGCUUGCAAACACUUCUCCACAACCUCCCAUCGUUCACAAAUAUUCUAUUCGUGAAUUAUUAGAAGAAUGUUCCCAAAAUCAUAUCACAGAGCUGUUGCAAGAAUUGGCUGAAGAAGAUAGACACAGUAUUCCUCUUGAAGAUUUUAUUUUAACCUAUAAUUAUGAAAAUUGGAAUACUGACGAAAAUGCAAUAUUGCAAAAAGAACUUCUUGGACAUCUCUCCUUACCUAUUAUUGAUACCACCACUGAUUUUUAUAGCGAUGACAAUUGUGAUUUGGAGAUUCUAGCCAAAAAUUGCUUGAACUACAUUCAAGUACUGCGAAAAAGAAGAGGAUUAAGCCCUAUUGAUUCUUUUGACCCGAUCAACGUUGCAGAUAUUGCAACUGAUUUUGCAGAUGGAAAUUAUUCACAUGCUACUUUUAAGCUAUUUGAAUUAUUCUUGAAGAUUCAUUUGGAUAUGCUUUUUGAUGCAGAUCCACUCUAUGGAUUCUUGUUCACAAGAACACGAUUUGAAAAAAUUGAAAAAGAUAUAAUGAAAAUAUUGAAGCAAAGCGGAAAUUCCUUCUUGGAAGGCUUAGCGUUAGCAGAUGAAGGAAAAAGCUACUAUUCUGCAAUACCUCAAGAUGAAAUUCCAAAAGUGAUAAGACUGGAUGUGAAACCAUUAGAAGAACCUAAAAAACGUGCUAAAGAACAUACAGAGACAAAACAAGAAACCAAAAAGAGGAAAACGUUCACAUACGUAAACAUGGAGGACUCAAUGAAAGAUUACGACAAAUUACUGCAGGCAAUCGAUCGUCAAAAAUCUAUUUAUGAAAAUAUGGAGAAUGGAAUCAAUGUCAUGGAAGACGAUCUUAUCGCAACAUCGUCAACAGAGGAUGAUUGGAACAGUUCUAUUUCCACAUAUUCAAAUUACACUUCUGAAUCAUCUGAUUUAAAGGAAUCCCUGGCCUUGCUCCAACAGCGAAUCAAUGCAUGCUCAGAGUUAAUUUCCAAAUCACUUAAACCUUAG